GUAGAAUGAUAAGUAUCAUUCAGUUAGCCGAAGUAAAGAGCAACAUGUUAUCCAGAGGCUGCUGACAGGAUUUCCACCACACCAGUCCAAUUUACCGCUGAUCCAUCUGAGUGAUUCCCAUUGUAAUUCAGCGUCCACUGUUUCUUGUUCCGCAAUGUCGAAGAUGUGUAUGCUAUUAACGCAAGCAAUCUAUCAAUCCUCGUCCCCGGCGCUUCCUCCCAUCCUCCCCGACGAUCUGCCCAUUGUGAGCUCGGACGACCGGCGCGUUGCGAUCGGGUGGGAUACGCGGACAUGGUCGAGAUUUCAUAACAUAUGGCUGAGGGACCACUGUCGAUGCCCGAAGUGCUUCCACCCAGUCACGAAGCAGCGAUUGGUGAACACCUUCGAGAUCCCCACCGACAUCUCCCCCGUGAAGGUAGAGGCCAAGUUCGAAGGCUUGGAGGUUCAUUGGCCUGAGUCGGAGCGCCACAUCUCCCUCUACCCGUGGACAUGGCUGCAGAAGGUGUCCUACGAUCCCAAGAUUACACCGCAGGCCGAGCGGAAGGAGAAGAUCCUAUGGAGUUCUCAGAUUCUGCAGUCUCCACCCACGGUGUCUUAUCAGGAGGUCAUGAGCGAUGACCAUGGUCUGUAUAAGUGGCUGUCGAACAUUGACUUAUUUGGGUUCUCCUUCGUAUCAGACGUCCCUGUUUCCACAGAGGCGACGGAGAAGCUUGCCGAGCGAAUAGGCUUCAUUCGAGAGACUCAAUACGGGAAGUUCUGGGAGUUCACGUCCGACUUGUCGAAGGGCGACACGGCAUACACGACUAUGGCGCUCGGCCCCCACACCGACAAUACCUACUUCACGGACCCUUGCGGUCUCCAGCUCUUCCACCUCCUCUCACACGAAGGCGAGGGCGGCGCCACCCUCCUCGUAGACGGCUUCUACGUUGCAUCAAUCCUCAAGGAGCUCCAUCCCGAGGCGUACGAGCUGCUUUCGACAAUUCCUAUUCCAGCGCACGCCGCGGGGGAGGCUGGUGCUUUAUACCGACCAAGCCCGCCUGGGGGAUAUCCGGUAUUGAACCAUGACCGCGUGUCGGGCGCGCUCGCGCAAGUGAGGUGGAACAACGACGAUCGGAGUACGAUGAGCCAUCUCGACCCUUACCUCGUGGAGGACUGGUACGCCGCGAUUCGCGCGUGGAACAGGCUGUUAACGAGUCCGGACUCGGAGUACUGGGUGCAGCUGAAGCCCGGGACGGCCGUCGUGGUCGACAAUCACCGUGUCUUGCACGGACGCUCUGCCUUCACUGGCAAGCGGCGGAUGUGUGGAGCGUAUAUUGGAAAGGACGAGUACACGUCAAAGCUUGCGGUGCUUGCUGAGAAGUACGGUCCCGCGCAAGAGAGUGAGAGGGGCGAGGAAAUUGUGAAUGGCAGGAGCGUUUGGAGCCCAACGCUGUGAGUGAAAGGGAUGAACAAGAGACUUGCUGAGGGAUAGUAUAUUAGCACCCUAUGGUCUCAUGUGCACUAUUGCCAUUGGGCGAUGUCCUUCCUGAAGAAAACCCCUAUUAUUCUUAUGGACUUUCCCAC